CAUCGUCACCUCUCCGGCAUACGGUGAAGAGCUGCAAGGCGCACUAACAAAUAUCGAAUAUCUUCUAUCCAACAGAAGAGGAAAUAUCUUGAGUAAUGAGCAAGUUUUGCGGCUCAUGACAGCGUAUGCGCAUCAACUCGACUGGGACAGAUUCUGGAACGCUUUCCGCAUACCAUCCCGGUUUCAAACGCCUCGAUCGCCGGAACUCUAUGAGCUUGCCUAUCGCGUCUUGGCGUCCACUGGCGAUAGAAAGCUGUGCACCGAUGCUUUGCGCUGGGUGUAUCCCGAGAUGCUCAAGGAAGAGCCCAAAAUAUGGCCUGUCGGAUCACUUUACAUGUCAUUGAAAGCAUGCAUUCUAGUUGCGGACCCGGGCGCCGAAAGUUUGCUGCAUCAUCCUCCACCACAAGAUUCACUGGAUGUGUUGGGCCAACGGCAGCUGAUGCAUCGAGAAUUUCUGCGUGUCUUGAGAGAAGUUGAAAAUUUGCGGCACCAUCACGCUGGAGAGCAGGCCAGAGCACAUAGAGCGGAGGCGCUACGCAAAAUAUCUGGAGAGAUGCCGUCUAACCAUUAGAAUGAUUGAUGCAUGUUUAACAUGAAUACAUAUAUAUUUACGGGCAUUACGAUGUAAGAUUAGGAAUAUAAAAGGGAAUGAGAUCAUGUAACAAUAAAUACUACUCUGAAGGCAUUCAUAGCUAUGCGAA